AUGCAAACAAACAUAAUAGUCCACCAACAGGUGGCAGCACCUGCUAUUAAGGGCUGGAACACUGGCCUUUUUGACUGCUGUCAAGACAUGAAUUCCUGUUGUUAUGGUUUCUGGUGCUGUCCUUGCUUAGCCUGCUCCACCACGGGAGAGUUUGGAGAGAGUACCUGUCUGCCAUUAGUGGACAUCAUUGGCCCUGCUUGCAUGGUUGCCUUUGGGGUGCCCAUCAUUGUGCCACCCGCAAGUCUGUCCAUGCGGGUUGCUGUACGCCACAAAUAUGGCAUUCAGCGAAGCCUCUGUGAGGAUAUCAUGGUGUCCUGCUGCUGUGUCUGGUGCUCAUGGUGUCAGAUGGCCAGGGAGAUCAAAGACCACAAGAAGGGCUGCACUUUCACAACCACCCAGCCUGUGGCCAUCCAAGUGCAGCCUCCAACCAUGACCAACUCAAACGUGUCUUACACAACCAAUCAACAGAGCUACACCAUGACCAGCCCACAGUCUCCCAAUCAACAGAGCUACACCAUGACCAGCCCACAGUCCCCCAACCAACAGGGCUACAUCAUAACCGGCCCACACAUGGUUGAGAUGCACCCUUGUAUGAUGGCAGGGCCCCCUGGCAUUGCCGGAGGGGCUCAAAUUAAGAUGGCAUCUGACCAACAUCCCAUGGCAGGCCCUCCUAAUGCCUAUAACCCUGGUUUCAUGAUGCCCCGUGAUAUGUCUAACCAUAUGGUGAACACCACUGUCUCCACCCAACUAUCCAAAUGCUGA